UGCAAGAUCUUCUGAGUGCUGUUACACGUUGUCACCAAGCAAUCGUUACGAAAUAAAGACAUGCAAAGGGGGAGGGCAGCACACGCACAGGUCUUUUCCUCGUGAACUUUCCCCAUGUUUUUGCGCUGUGAAGGCGCCCAUGAAUUGAAGUUGUGAAUGCGGUUGUGCAGUUUGCGUCACACAUUUGAGCCGUUUUAAAAAUGCAGAAGUGCAGUAGAAAGUGCAGCCUCCUGAGGUGUUGCUUCAUUCAAGGAGGAGGAGGAGGAGCCUCCAACCACCCUAAAGAACAACUCCCUUGCUGUCAGCGGCAGUCAGUAUCACGUCAAAGUCUGCAGCACAGCAUUCUAGAACUUCUUCCACCUGAGGAUUUCAUGUAUUUUCACCUGAAAGAUGACGGAAUGUGACUUUGAAGUGUUGAUGGUGAAGAUGGGUCAUCUUGGAGAAUGAGGAGCUCAAAGUGAGACGGGAACAUGAACAACACGACGUUUCCGCCGCAGAGCUUCCAGUCGCCCACCAUCCCGGUCAUCAUGUUCAUUUUCGGGGUGGUGGGAAACGUCACGGCCAUCGUGGUGCUGCGCAUCUCCCGCAAGGAGCAGAAGGAGACCACCUUCUACACGCUGGUGUGCGGCCUGGCCGUCACCGACCUGCUGGGCACCCUUCUGGCUAGCCCGGUCACUAUCGCCACCUACGUGAAGGGCUCGUGGCCCGGAGGCGUGCCCCUGUGCCAGUACUCGGGCUUCAUCCUGCUCUUCUUCUUCGUGGUGCAGCUCAGCAUCCUGUGCGCCAUGUCCGUGGAGAGGUACCUGGCCAUCAACCAUGCCUACUUCUACAACGAGUACGUCAACCAGAGGCUGCCCGUCCUCGCCCUGCUCGCCAUCUACGUGAGCAGCGCCGGGCUGUGUGCGCUACCCGCCAUGGGGCUCGGCCAGGUCAAGCGGCAGCUGCCGGGCACAUGGUGCUUCAUCGACUGGCACGACAACCGCACGUCGGUGGUCGCCUUCAACCUGAUGUACGCCGGCGUCAACUCGGCCAUCGUGCUGGCCACGGUGGCUUGCAACGUCAUGGUGUGCGGAGCACUCAUCCUCAUGCACAGGCGCUUCGUACGACGCACGUCCCUGGGCGCGGACCGGCGCCGCCUCUCCGAGAUGCAGCUGCGGCGGCGGCGCAGCCUGGGACGCUUGGCCGGAGCCGAGAUCCACAUGGUCAUCCUGCUCAUCGCCACCUCGGCGGUGGUGCUCAUCUGCUCCAUCCCCUUAGUGCUGAGAAUCUUCGAGAACCAGCUCAAAAACCAGACAGAGGAGUCCACAGGGCAGAACAAAGACCUUCUGGCCAUCCGCAUGGCCUCCGUCAACCCCAUCCUGGACCCGUGGGUCUACAUCCUGCUGCGGAAGACGGUGGUCCUCACGCUGAUGAAGAAGAUCAAGUGUCUCUUCUGCAAAAUGGGAGGGGGCCGGCAAGGGAGCGGCAGGCGAUUCCUCUGCGCCGACGGACGCUUCUCCUCGUCUUCCAUCAUGUCCCGGGACUCGCCGUCUUUGGUGUCGCGGGAGCUGCGGGGGAUGGCGUGCACCUCGCAGACCUAUCUGUACCCAGGUGAGGAAAAGGCGGCGGGCAGGACGGGUUCAUUUCGAGAAGGGACAGACGGAGGCUCCAGCCCGCCCGCCGGGCAGACGUUGCUGAGCGCCCGGGAGGUCAGGGGGACUCCGUUAGAGGACACGACCCAAAGGUGGCCCACGGAGCGGCGCCCUGUGCCCUCCAAGCCGACUCUGCACAUGACGCUCACAGAUGAGACGGCCAACAUCCAGGAGAGAUGCAUUUAAAGACUCACCAAUGACGGAAGGUGUCAAAUGUAAACAUAUUUCGGGGACUUCAUGCCGCCAACUGACCACAUGGGCUGAAUGUCUGAUUCCCAUUUAGAGCCGACUGGACUGACUCUUCCCUCGGUUCAAAAAGCAGCCAACCCCCACACCCCUGACUCCUCUUUAGUUGCCCUAUUUGACAGAUAAGCAACACCCAACUCUGCUCAGUCCUGCAAACUGCCUCAUAAUGGCAGGUCAUACCCAAUCUGUCCCCUAUUCAACGGCCAAGGCCUGAUUCGGAUCUGCGGCCAUGCGAUCCCAUGAGUUUAGAACCGCCAUGGGAGACAAACAACAAACCUGAAAUGAGGUCACUUGAAUGAAGUCUUUAAAAAGCAGCCAAGUACAACCACAUUACAUCCACGUCAGACACGACUCAUCUUCUCUUCUGGGAUCCAUCGUCUGUCCCCCUUUCUUUCGUCCGUCCAGCAAUGAGCGUGUCCUGUCUUGCCAUAACCUCCCAGUCCUCGUCUUCUGUCUGCAUAAACCAUCGCAACCUAAGCUCUCCAACAUUUCUCCAAAUAUCCAUUCCGUUCCUGUCCAUCUACCCGUAUUGGUCGCCGCCAAAGACCAGCAGUUCCCCUGCCGCACUUCUUUUCCGAGGCUUUUCUUUCUUCCUGAGGGACAAGUAAGUCGCCACUGUUGAAAUGUGAACGCUGUUGCUAAAGAUGCUCAUUAAUUUCAGGUGUGAAAAUGUGACUCUUCUCUGUGAGAAGGUGCCUUACAUGAAUGAUGUCCCCUUACAUAAGAAGGCAGCUGUGCUAGAGAAACAAAAGGGAUGCGAUGAACCCUCUCUUGGUCCAACUUAUCGGGCCCUAUGACUUCCACGUGAACUCAAUUGGCCAAUAAACUCGGCAUCUACGGUUAAAAGCGGAAUGUGGCAAAACUUGACAAAUUGUGAAUGAAAUGUUGUCAUCGAGAGGAGAAGGAGCGUCUGCAUGGGGAAGGAUUUCGCCGGCAGACUGCUCCAUAGUGUCGGAAUCUCAUCACAAACACUAACCCGCCCCCUGCCGAACUAAACACGUCCAAACGGCGACCUGAAACACCGGCAAACGUUGGCGGAAAAUCUUCGAAUCUUGUGUUUUACCGCUUGUUGAUGUCGUGCAAGUUGUGAGCGACACGUUUGUUCUUGCACCCAGCUCAUCUAAACCGUCAGCCGACAUCGUCAACGCACACAACACACAUUUUAUUCACCGUCAUACACGUACUCGCUCUACGCUGGUAAAAUAAGUGAAAAAGGGGAAAAAACGGAAUUGUAAAAAAUGUUUUAAAUGGAUUUCAUAGGGCGCUAAAGUUAACGCAACCACUGUUCGACCAAUCAUAUGCAUCACGUCUUUGGAAUAAGUGAGAACUGUGUUGUAUUUCCUUGUUUGGCACCAUUAUCGUUGUAGAAAGUGGGGAUCCCAAUGACACAAAAACACAAUGUUGGACAAACACAGCAAAAAAUAAAGUUGGAAAAAAAAAACCUUGUACAUUUUGAAGUGAUUUCAUUGGAGUAGAGCGACUUGUGUCAUUUCUUGCUUACUGUUUUGGUCUACAACUUUGAUGACAUCAUCUCCUAGGACAUGAGGUCAUGUGACUUACUGAUCUCGGCCACUCAUUGAUCGGAUGACGCCUCACUACAAAUGAAGUUUAGGAGUGACCGGUGUCAUCAUUUGUGCUCCCAAACUAGCCUGAUUCAUCUUGGCUAGUGUGUGACCUUAGCGCCAGGAUAGAUUGACAUCUGGGUCUUUGUAGUCCAAAACCACCCUUCAAAAGACAACAAUACGCCAUUGAACACAGCCUUGGACUUAAUGGUUCUGACUGGAUUACAGAGGGUGAAAGAGAUUCUUCUCAAAAAGUAAUUGGAGCGGGCGCUACCUGUCUGCUUGGCUCCCAGCAUGAACAAAAAUCUGCAACAAAAGCCUAGAAACAGAAAAAUAAUGUGGGCUAAACAUUUGACCAACUUUGUGAUCAACUUUGUGGCAUCACAAAGAUCCUCUAACCUCUAAUGGUCUCCGAUGUGAUCUAUUUAGUGGGACAUUCUCACACCACUUUAGGGACUCUUUGUGUUUGGUA